AAUGAAAUCAUUGAAUGUGUUUGACCAAUGAAAAUACGCCAUCAGAGGCGCGCGUCAUCUCCUCACAGAAUUAGCAUAGAGGAGGGAAUAAAUACUUCUGUGAGCGGAAUAAGAAUCAUUAUUCUGAGUUUAUUCUUCAGAUCAUCAUGCCUGAACCAGCCAAAUCCGCCCCGAAGAAGGGAUCCAAGAAGGCCGUCACAAAGACCGCCGGUAAGGGAGGAAAGAAGCGCAGAAAGUCCAGGAAGGAGAGUUACGCUAUCUACGUGUAUAAAGUCCUGAAACAGGUUCAUCCUGACACCGGGAUCUCUUCCAAGGCGAUGGGAAUCAUGAACUCUUUCGUCAACGACAUCUUCGAGCGCAUCGGCGGUGAAGCGUCUCGUCUCGCUCACUACAACAAGCGCUCCACCAUCACAUCGAGAGAGAUCCAGACCGCCGUGCGUCUGCUGCUGCCCGGUGAACUGGCCAAACACGCCGUGUCUGAGGGCACAAAGGCCGUCACCAAAUACACCAGCUCCAAGUAGAAGAACAUCCGGUUUCUCAACCAACACAAAGGCUCUUUUAAGAGCCACACAUAUUCUCAUUUAAAGAGUUUCUUGUUUGUAUAAAGUGUUUGUAUGUCUCACGCGGUUACUGAUGUGGUUUGUGUCGGGAAAAUUAAGCUUAAAUAGAUAUUCAAUAGAUUAUUACAUACGUUUCUGAAUUUUUAUUUACAGCGUUUUUAUUGUUGGGUUUGUUACGUUUGGUAAUAUCUUUUGAAGUCUAUUAUACUAAUAUAUUAUUGAUAAGCCAGACAUUAUGACCAUCUGCCUAAUAUGCUGUCGGUCUGCCAUGUGCCGCCAAAACGGCACCGACCAGCCAAUGCAUGGACUCUACAAGACCCCUGAAGGUGUCCUGUGGUAUCUGGCACUAAGACAUUAGCAGCAGAUCAUUCAAGUCCUCUAAGUUGUGAGGUGGAGCCACUGUGGAUUUGACGUCCCAUAGAUGCUAAAUAGGAUUGAGAUCUGGGGAAUUUGCAGGCCAGGGCAUCAAUAAGAACUCUUCAUUGUGUUCCUCAAACCAUUCCUGAACAAUGUGUUUGGUGUGGCAGGGAGCAUUACCCUGCUGAAAGAGGUCACUGCCAUCAGGGAAUACCAUUGCCAUGAAAGGGUGUACCCGUUCUGCAAUGAUUUAUAAGUAGGUGGCACGUGUCAAACUGACAUCCACAUGACUCCCUCCACUGGUUUGUUGUUUUCCCACAAUGCAUCCUGAUGCCAUCACUGGUAAAUGGCACACAUGUACACAGCUGUCCACGUGAUGUAAAAGAAAAUGGGACUUAUUGGACCAGGUGACUUUCUACUGCUCAAAGAUCCAGUUUUGAUGCUCGUGUGCCCAAUGGAAUGGAAUGUACUUUAUUGUCCCUGUUAGGGGAAACUUGUGGUGGACUCAAUAGGCAACAUUUUUGCAUUUCAUUACAUCACCCAAAAAAGAUAAUAAAAUAACAAUACAAAAGGUACAUCAAAUACACAACAAUUCAACAUAGCAUACAUUUCCAUCAAUCAUAAAAAGUAUAUCUUUCAGUAAAAGCAUCUAAUAACAAAGUUUCAAAACACAAUAGAAGCAUACAAUCUACAUAAUUUUGCAUCAUUUAGCAAUUUAAUAGAAAAAGGCACAAAUUAAUUUUUAAAUCUAUUCAAUUUACACCGUAAGUUUCUAAAACGCCUGCCUGAAGUUAACAAUUCAUAAUUAACAAAAAGAAUGUGAGAUGGGUCAUUUAAAAUUCUUCUAGCUUCCCUUAAUGUACACUGUUCAUACAUACAUGUCGGAUACAUCUGGCAUAAGUAUCCGACUCGUCAAUAUGUUUUAAAAUUAGGUGCAUUAAGCUAUUGAUGACAUCACCAGUUCCUCUGCCUUGCUGAUAAGAAAACUGGAAUGGAUCCAGUUUGUUUGUAACAUCUGUCUAUAGCAUUGACACCAUACAUUUCUCAAGACAUUUCAUCACUACAGCAGUUAGAGCUAAAGGUCGAAAGUCAUUAUUUACUAAAGGACGAGCUAUCUUUGGCACAGGAAUAAUAAGAGAUUUCUUCAAGAGAGAUGGUACCAUUUUUGUAUCUAAGGACUGUUGAAAUAUAUGGCACCAUACAGGGGACAAUUCCUCUGCACAUGUCUUUAUAAGAAAGGAUGAGAUGCCAUCUGGACCAGACGCCUUUUUUGGGCACAGAUGUUUGAACAUCAG